AGUGUGAUAUGAGGAAGGAAGUGGUUCUAACUGCUCUGACCUGGUCUCACAUCAACAAGAGGCUCAAUGGACCAAACAAGUCUCCAGCUGCUACUCCUUGUGACUUGGCUUCUGUUCUGCUCAGCACAUCCAGCUCGUCUGACUGUGAGUCCCAGCAGGUCUCAGUUCUUUAAACAUGAGUCUGUGUCUCUGAGCUGUGAGGACGACGACGGAUCUGGAGGAACGAGACUGAGGAGGAACACGACUAAACAACAGAUGACUCAGGGUGGAAACUGGGAAAAUUUCACAGGCUCCUCCUUUACUACUUGGGUUGUCCCGGGGGACAGUGGAGUUUACUGGUGCGAGUCCAGCUCUGCCUCCAGCAGCAGCAGCAGCAGCAGCAUCAACAUCAGUGUCUCUGGUGGAUCAGUGAUCCUGCAGAGUCCUGUCCUCCCUGUGAUGGAGGGACAUGAUGUCACUCUGCACUGUCAAACAAAGAGCCCUCCCUCCAAGCUCCCAGCUGAUUUCUAUAAAGAUGGCUCCCUCAUCAGGACUGAGCCUACAGGUCACAUGACCAUCCACCGUGUCACCAAGUCUGAUGAAGGAGCCUAUAAAUGCAGCAUCCAGGCUGGUGGAGAGUCUGCGUCCAGCUGGCUGCUGGUCUCAGACAAACCCAAUACAGACCCUGAGGCUGCUACCUCCUCUCCUCCUCUCUCUGUGUUGUUGUCUGUUGCCUUUGUCUGUGUUCUGGUUCUGUUGCUGGUUCUGGUUCUGCUGGUGAACCGAUGUGUUUCUAUGAAAGCUCAAGCUGCUGAAGUUAAUGUUGAUGAAGAAGAAAACCUCACAUACAGUGACCUCAAAAUAUUACAGCAAAAACACCACCAGCGCCAGAAAUCAAGAAUCACAGAGUCUGAUCCAGCAGCUGUUUACUCAGCAGUGAGAACAGGAGACGUCAUUUAUGGACCAAUAGUGAUUAAAAACAAGAAAACAAAGCAAACAGACUUUCCACCGGAACCAGAGACUGUGUACUCCUCCCUGAGGUUCAACUUAACCCCUUCAGUCCAGUUCAACCACUGACGUCCUGGUAGCUCCCCACACACGCUUGUUUAUUAAUGCCUAGUGAAGUAUUUGCUGUAAAGGCCUUGUUACUUUGCUUUUUAUAAAAUCCGGCCAGUGCAGCAUCAACGCUUGUGUAGUAGCUGUAGUCUGAUGUUUUAUCACCAGGUAGAAGCUGCCUAAUAAACAUGUAAUGACAGUGAAGCACAUUAGAAUUCAAUUGUCAGUUGAUAUUUAUUAAUGUUACAGUGUUUUAUGUUGCGUUUUAUAUUUUUUAUUACUUGCUUUUGUUGCUGCAGAGUCAAUAAAGUGUUUUCUUCACUUGUGGUUUGACUGAAGUGUAGGAUGGAAAAUUUGACUUGCUUUGCUUUGGUUGUGGCAAACCAACGCUUACACCUCUUCACUGCAGAGAAAACAAACAUAAAGACCACAAGGCAGAUGCUGUUUAGUGGUUGGAAACUUCACACAGUACAAAGUGUCUGUGUGAGUCACACAAACAUCACAUAUAUAGAAUAUAUGAAGCUGCUACAGUAUGUAAUAAAUAGAGCCAUGCAUUCAAAAAAGGCUUCAACUCUGCCUAGUACAGUACAUGAGUAAUGUAAAAUCAAAUGUCUGACUUUAGCUGAUUAGUGCAAGAAAGAGCAUCUACAGUUUCAUGCGUUAUAUUGUUAUUAAUAGUAAAAGGUAACUCAUUUUUGCUUUUUCCCGUCAGAGAUUGCCACAGCAAAUUAUUCUCAUGGUUGUUUUUUGACAACGUUUUACACCAGAUGCC